AAAUAAGACCAUGGAAGCAUAUUAUUCUUGUAGCUGUUGCCUCGUGCGCCCACCGGACAAAGGCCUCAAGACGCUAUACAAUCAUCUCGACAAAGCAGAGAUAUAUUAUGAUAUGCUGAGAGAAUGUUUUGGUUUAAAUCUAAGUUUAGGAAAUGAUGAGUGCGGGAUCUGCGAGGUGUGCGUGGGGCGGCUGCGAGAUGCGAGCGACUUCAAGCUGCAAGUGCAGCGCGUCCAGGACGUACUGCACAAGCGGCUCACGGAAGCAGUCCCUGCUACUGCAGGUGACAACAUCAAAAUCAAGUUAGAGAAACCAACUGGAGAUGACGCCAUUUCGCGCGGUAUCAAGCAGGAGAGGCCGGAGGUGGAGAUGGCUGACAGCAACACCGUAUCAGUUGCUUUACACGAAUGUACGCGAGCGCCCUUUGCUCAACCCGUUCCUACGUCGUCCCACAGCGUCUCGGUCGCGUCAGCUCCGAACGUUACCAAGCGCAGCUCCGAUACUGGAGAGAAACCUUACGCGUGCAACAAAUGCGAAAAAAGAUUCGGACAGAAGGGCCACUUAAAUGCUCAUUACGCAUACCAUAUAGGAAAAUUCAAAUUCUCUUGCGAAUUAUGCAAAAGGGGAUUCGUGCAUAAACAUGAAUAUGUUACUCAUAUGCGGAUACACACAGGUGAAAAACCAUACGAAUGUGAUAUAUGCAAGAAAAAGUUUAGACAAAAUGGCAACUUCAAACGACAUAAAAAUAGUCAUUUUAAAUAUGAUGAGAAUCGCGUAGAGUUAGGAGAAAUAACUACAUGCAAAAAAGAGUCUUCAGAAGAUCAAGGACCCGCAAAGUAUUUUACGUGUGAUAUAUGCAAAAAGCAAUUUGUGGAUAAAAACUAUUUAGACGCUCAUUCCAAACGUCAUCCUGGAGAUUAUCCAUUCACUUGCGAAAUUUGUAGAAGGAAAUUUAAUACGCAGUUUGCCUUGAAUACUCAUAAAUUUGAUCACUCUGGAAGGAAACCUUUUAAGUGUGAAAAGUGCAAUAAAAGUUAUAGAACAAAAGGCGGUUUAUAUACUCAUUCGUUAGCUCACACAGAGGGUUAUAAGCACGCGUGUCACGUGUGUAAUAAACGAUUCAUACUUAAGCAUGACUUGAAUAUACAUAUGCGCCUACACACGGGAGAAAAACCUUAUACCUGUGCAACAUGUGAAACUAAGUUUCGCUAUAGAAAUUGCUUAAAGAAACAUUUAUUAGAGAAACACGACCAAGUUAUGGACAAACAGUUCAAUUGUGAUACUUGUGGGAAACGAUUUGCAUUACAGGGGACUUUAGUAAAACAUAUGAACAAACACAUUGAAAAGAAAAGGGCAGAUAAAAAGAAAGACCUCGCAUUUAUGUGUGAAAUAUGUAGCAAACGUUUUUCGACAAUAGGUAUUCUAAAAUACCAUAAAGAAACACAUAAUGAAGAAAGACCUUUCGAGUGCGAAGUAUGUCAUAAAAAAUACCAAACGAAGAGGAAUUUAAUGGACCACGUGAAGGUGCACGAGGAAAAAAAACACUCGUGUGAAGUAUGUGGCCAGCCAUUCAGGCAUAAGUCGGCCUUGAAAGUUCAUAUCCGACGGAUGCACGAGGAAAACAGACCACAUGUUUGCAAUAUUUGUAAAAAGGCCUUUGUAGUUCUUGCUGAAUUAAAAAUUCAUAAUCGGGUACACACUGGAGAGAAACCAUAUGCUUGCGAAAUAUGUUGUAAGAAAUUUCAGGGCCUGAGUGGGAUAAAAAACCAUCUUAUAAAUGUCCACCACGAGAAGCCAACGAGAUUUGUUAAAUUAAAAGAAUUGAAUAAAUAUGACUAAAUUCAAAGUGACUUGUUGUGUAAAAGA